AUGGGCGAGCAUAAUCUCUUGAAUCCCGGGUUUGUGGGGCCGCUGGUGAACAUCCACACGGGAGACACCUUCUACUUCCCCAACUUCCGCGCGUCCGGGGCGCAGCUGCCCGGGCUGCCUUCGCUGUCCUAUCCGCGCCGCGACAACGUGUGCUCGCUGCCCUGGCCGUCGGCUGAGCCGUGCAAUGGCUACCCGCAGCCGUAUCUCGGCAGCCCGGUGUCGCUCAACCCGCCCUUCGGCCGCACGUGCGAGCUGGCGCGCGUGGAGGACAGCAAGGGUUACUACCGAGAGCCGUGCGCCGAGGGCGGUGGCGGCCUGAAGCGCGAGGAGCGCGGGCGCGACCCGGGCGCCGGACCCGGAGCAGCGGCGCUGCUGCCGCUGGAGCCGUCGGGGCCGCCGGCGCUCGGCUUCAAGUACGACUACGCGGCGGGCGGCGGCGACGGCGGCACGGGACCCCCGCACGACCCGCCCUCGUGCCAGUCGCUGGAAUCCGACUCCAGUUCGUCCCUACUCAACGAAGGCAAUAAGGGCGCCGGCGCGGGCGACCCCGGCAGCUUGGUAUCUCCGUUGAACCCCGGCGGCGGGCUCUCGGCCAGCGGCGCGCCCUGGUACCCGAUCCACAGCCGCUCGCGGAAGAAGCGCAAGCCCUAUUCGAAGCUGCAGCUGGCGGAGCUGGAGGGCGAGUUUCUGGUCAACGAGUUCAUCACGCGCCAGCGCCGGAGGGAACUCUCGGACCGCUUGAAUCUUAGUGACCAGCAGGUCAAGAUCUGGUUUCAGAACCGGAGAAUGAAAAAGAAAAGACUUCUGUUGAGAGAGCAAGCCCUCUCCUUCUUUUAG